AUGGGUGCCUAUCGUCUGGAGCAAGCCUCAACCGGCCGCGCCGGUUGCAAAAACAAAGAAUGUAAAGACCAGGGCAUCAAGAUCCUCAAGGGCGAGUUGCGUCAUGGCUCCUGGGUUGAUACCGAACGGUUUCAGAGCUACUUCUGGCGUCACUGGGGCUGUGUCACCCCCAAGAUCAUUGCUAAUAUGAUUGAAACGGUCGGUGAAGAAGGCGAGAGAGACUGGUCAGCCUUGGAUGGCUAUGACGAACUCCCUGAAGAUUUGCAGGAGAAGGUUCGCAGAGCAUUGUUGCAGGGCCAUGUUGAUGAUGAAGAUUGGAAGGGGGAUGUCGAAUUAAAUCGGCCUGGAAAGACGGGAUUUCGGAAGCGUGUGACCAAGAAGGACAAGGACGAAACCCCAGAGGAGUCCACUCCAAAGAAGGCCACUCCUCAGAGUAAGAAACGCGCUCGCGCUGAGCCCAAGGAGGAAUCCGGCUCUGAAGCUGAGGAAGGAGACACCAAGGAAAAGCCUAAGGCUAAAAAGGCCACUCCCCAGACCAAGAAGCGCGCUCGUGCGGAGCCUAAGAAAGAAGCCGAGUCUGAGGCUGAAGAAGAGGUUACUAAAGAGACGCCUAAGACCAAGAAGGCCGCUCCCCAGACCAAGAAGCGUACCAAAGCUGGAGCCGAAGCUGAAGCUGAUGAAGCUAAAGACACGCCCAAGACUAAGAAGCCCAGAAAGAACAGUGCUGCCUCCAAGCAAGCACCUGUCGAGGAUGACGAGUCCGAUGCUCCUCUGGUCGAAACGAACAAGAAGGCGGCCGCCACUAAGGGUAAGCGGGGCAAAGCUGCUGCUGCUGCUCCUGCUGCUGAGGAGCCCGCCACUACUCGUCCCAAAAGGGGCAGACCCGCGGCAAAGAAGAAGCAAGCCCCCGUUGCUGACGAUGAGGGUGAAGCUGAGCCUGAGCCUGCCGAAAAACCAAAGCGGACAUACAAGAAGAGAAAGUCUACCUAA